AAGUCUGCCAUCUUUUAACGUUUCCGGCGGCAGCCUUUUCCGCAUAUGAUAGAAACAUGACUGGGUUUAGCGAGAAGGCUAUCCUAAUUGACGGCAGGGGCCAUUUGCUUGGUCGCCUAGCGGCUAUUGUAGCAAAAACCCUUUUGCAAGGAAACAAAGUCACAGUUGUAAGAUGUGAACAACUAAACAUUUCUGGUAACUUUUACAGAACAAAACUAAAGUUUAUGUCCUUCCUCCGUAAACGUUGUAAUGUCAACCCAGCUCGUGGUCCAUUCCAUUUCAGAGCCCCAUCAAGGAUCUUCUGGAAAACUGUCAGAGGAAUGUUGCCCCACAAAUCAGAAAGAGGAAAGCAAGCUUUACGUAACUUGAAAGCCUAUGAAGGUAUCCCACCCCCAUACGACCGUAGGAAGCGAGUUGUAGUGCCUGGUGCACUCAGAGUAAUCUGUUUGAAACCUGGACGCAAAUUCUGUCAUGUUGGCCGCCUUUCCCACGAGGUAGGAUGGAAAUACCAAUCUGUGGUCCGUACCCUCGAAAGCAAACGUAAGGUUAAGGCUGUUCUUUCCAUCAGGAAGCGCGACAAACUCAAGAAGAUUACAAAGAAGGCUGGUGAAAAGGUUGCCAAACAAGUUGCUCCCUUCUCAGCUGUCAUUAACUCUUACGGUUAUAAUUAAGGACGUUAAAUAAAAUGAUUUAUUUAAUAAAUA